AUGAAAGGGAGUGCAGAAAGGCAGGAGCUGAUUCACGAAGGGGACUCAGUUGAGUCACAGAAUGGUGUUAAUCAUAUUAUAUAUGAUGUUCGAAGAGGGCAAGAUGUCAUCAACCCAUGGACGUCUCAUUGCAAUGUCAUGGUGCUGCGCUCAGACAAUGACAUGGGGCCCCAAGGUCACAGAUUUACUUAUGGUAAGGUUCUGGGUAUCUACCACAUCAAUGUAAUCGUGAUCGGUGUUGGUAUGGUGGACUAUACUCCACUGCACAUGGAAUUCUUAUGGAUUCGCUGGUACCAGCCUGUGCAGCAGCUCUCCACCUGGGACACCUCCACCCUGGAUCGAGUGAGAUUUCCACCUCUGGAUGACGAGUACUCGUUCGACUUCCUGGAUCCAUCAGACAUACUUCACGGUUGCCACAUUAUACCUUCAUUGCCAGUUGCAGGAAACAUCUCAAUGGAUUAG